GUCGAAUUACGGCGCGCUGGAUUUCAAUCUUGUUUACGUUCAGUUGCAAUGCCAGGAACAUCGAAACAAGCCAAAUUAAGUCGUACUGAGAGCAGCAUCUACGCCACGCUCUGGAUCAUCGCCGUUUUUUACUCCAUUUAUUGCUUUUAUUCAUCGCCCGAGACGCAAUUUAUUAAUUAUGUUGAUACUUACAAUGACUUCAAACCUGGAUGGUCAUUUCUCAAUCGAAAAAUUGAUGUUUCUGAUGAAGAGUGGAGAUUGUGGAUACCUCUUAUUUACAAACUUAUUCCUUGGAUUAUUGUACAUAUUUUUAUAAGUCAAUAUUUAAAAUACCUUUGUAGUGAUACGGCCGUAAUAUACAUUUGGUAUAUUUUAAUAUCAAUUUUAUUUUUAUGGAACUACUUUGGAUUAUUAAGUACAUUAUGUACACUCCUGCUACCAUGUAUAUCGUGUUUAUUGACUUCACUUCAAAGUAAAUCACUUUCUUGGCUUAUACAUUCCAUAACGUUAGUUAUUAUAAAUUGGGCAAAAGUGUCAGAUGUUAUUUUUAUGGAAUGGUUAUUGCUCACAGCCGAGCAUCAUUAUAUAUUGACAACAGCUAUCUGUUGGAUUCAACUUAGAAGUAUUAGCUAUAGUAUAGAUAGCAUUGGAAUGUAUAAACACAUUGAUACAUGUGGAUUUUUUAAGGAUUUGCUUAAAAAUAUAGCAUACUGUUUAUAUUUACCGACUCUCUUCUUAGGUCCAGUUAUUCUUUACCAACAGUUUACUGAUGGUAUUGAUAAACCAUUUACAGCAUGGAACAAGACAAAAAUAAUUACGACAGUUUAUAAUGUAAUGCGUUACUCAUUUUGGAUACUUUUUACGAAUAUUUGUUUACACUAUUUAUAUUUUAACGCAUUGCUAUUUCAUGGACAUAUUGUAGCAGAACUUAGUCCAUGGGCUUUUUAUGGACUUGGUUAUUGUAUGGGGCAAUAUUUUUUAAAUAAAUAUGUUGUAGUCUAUGGAGUCGUAUCAAUUGUAUGUAAAGCUGAAGACAUUGAAGCACCUGUUCAACCAAAAUGCAUUGGUCGAAUCCAUUUAUAUUCUGAUAUGUGGAAACAUUUUGAUAGAGGAUUAUAUAAAUUUCUUUUGAAGUAUAUUUACAUUCCGUGUAAUCCAAAAUCGUCUUAUGGAAAAUUUUUUGCUUCAGCUUUAUGUUUUGCAUUUAUAUUUCUGUGGCAUGGUUUGAAUUUUCCCAUUUUCAUUUGGGCAUUUUUAAAUUUUUUAGGUCUUUUGCUAGAAAAUAUAGUGAAAUCUACAAGCGCAUAUUUUUUUGAAAAAAUUUUACAUAAUAGUUUAAGCCCUCAAAAUAAAAGAAGACUGGAAUGUAUACUAAUAAGCCCUCUAUUAGCAUUUUCUGCCAUUGCAAACUUUUAUUUCUUAGCUGGAGAUCAAAUUGGAAAUAUGUAUAUAUGGAGAAUUAUAAAAGAUUCUUGGCAAAUUAAUUUUAUAUUAUUAUUUAUCUUAUACUGCUGCUGCCAGACAUGUAUAGAAAUUAAACAAAUAGAACAGAUGAAUUCUUUAAAAAGUAGAAAGGAUAUUGAAAUCAAAAUGUACAAGAAAUUAAGUAAUUUUUAAGAUUUAUAGAUAUAAGUACAAAAUAUGUAUAAAAAUACAAUGACUACAUACACUUUUUAUGAUAAAAAGCUAUAAAUCGAUAUAUGUAUGCAGAGUACGAUAUCCUACAAUUUCUUAAUUAUUAAUGCAUAAGUGACUUAAAUAAAUCUAUUCAUACAAUGUUCUUUUUAUAUUAAGAAUGCUGUAAUUAUUACUAAUUGGUUUCACAAUUGCUUUUUGUUAGAAUAAGGCACAUUCUGUGUAUUGUAAAGCUUUAAAUUUUCUUGCGAUCAUAAUCACAUGAAGGAAUGGAAUUAAGCACACUGGCAAAACAGUAAGGAAAACUCCUCAUCUUAUUUCGUUUUGAAAUGAAUAGAAAAAUUUUGCUUGAGAAUAAUGCAUAACUUACAAUAUAUAUGGAUAUUAAUUAUCAAAUUCGUUGCUUCAAUAUUUGGCAAUAGAUCAAUAUAAUCUGAAGUUUAUAUACAUUUUUAGUAUGUUUCUAUAAUUUUCUUGUUUCCAACACUGAUAUAUUUUUUACAUUUAUUAUUUAUCGAAGCAUUUUUAAAGAUUUACAUAUGAAAAAUUGAUACCAUUCAAGUUAACUUAUUU